AAUCAAAGAGAUAGAAACGGGUGCUAAAAAGCUGAGGCUAAAACAUGGCGGCCACUGCUCCGAUCGCCGGCGCCUGCUGCACCUCAUCGCCUUCCCCAACCCAAAUGCGCAGACUUUCUCGCCAAACUUUACUCUCCCUCUCCUCCUCUUUCACCAAAAGCCUGCACUUCAAUUCCUCCUCCUCCCCCAACUCCUUCCACUCCCUCACCCGCAGAACUCGCGCCGGAUCAGCCGUUGCUCCGACGAUGAGCAUGGAGGCGGGCAUAGGUGUCAUGGGAACGAAGUUGGGAAUGAUGUCCUACUUCGAGCCGGAGGGCACCGUUGUCCCCGUAACCGUUGUCGGAUUCCGUGAGGGCAACAUCGUCACCCAGAUCAAGACCACCGCCACCGAAGGAUACGACGCCGUUCAGGUGGGAUACCGCCGCGUUCGCGACCGGAAGCUCACCAGGCCGGAGCUCGGCCACCUCAGCAAGGCUGGCGCUAUACCAAUGCGCCAUCUUCAGGAAUUCCGGCUCACCUCCAUCGAGGGUUUCGAACCAGGGCAGAGGCUCGUCAUUGAUGAGAUAUUCAAGGAGGGCGAUCUCGUUGAUGUCUCCGGGACGACCAUUGGCAAGGGAUUCCAAGGUGGCAUCAAAAGACAUAAUUUUCGCCGUGGGCCAAUGACUCAUGGCUCUAAAAGCCAUAGAGCACUGGGUUCCAUCGGCGCCGGAACAACGCCUGGCCGAGUUUAUAAAGGUAAAAAGAUGCCCGGAAGGAUGGGAGGAACUAAAAGAAAGAUCCGAAAGCUGAAGAUUGUCAAGAUAGAUAAUGAAUUGAGAGUUGUAAUGAUAAAAGGAGCCGUACCUGGAAAGCCUGGGAAUCUUCUUCGCAUUACACCUGCAAAGAUUGUUGGAAAGAACAUUCCUAAGAGUUAGGGUAUAUUUGUUCUCAAUCAAAACGUACCUGUAACCUGUAACUGAGAACAUUUUCUUUUCCAGAUUCGAGAGCUUCCUUCUUUAGUCAUUCUUAUGGGUACUGAUUGCAGCUUGAUGUGCUACUAAAUAACAUAUUUGU